AUGGACGGAUCGCUUCGAUAUGAUUUAACUGCUGCCCUUGCUGAAUUCUUGGGUACCGCUUAUUUUUUGUUCAUGGCCGGAGGAGGCACAACAAGCAUAGCGGAUUACUCCAUAUCCGGUAUUGCUGUCCCGUUUGCUUUUGGGUGGUCACUUUUUGUCAAUAUCUGGAUCUGGUCUCCUAUCUCUGGCGGAAUACUGAAUCCUGCCAUAACCAUAGCAUUGACUGUCACCAAAAAUAUAUCGCCUAUACGCGGUGUCCUUUACAUCAUUGCUGAAAUGUUGGGCGCGCUAUUUGGUUCCUAUAUGAUUUACGUGUUAUUACCAGACUCUGCUAGCUGUGCCACUGUCGUAGCUUCUAAUGUAUCAACAGCUCAAGCGUUCUUCUUGGAGCUCUUUGCUACUUCGGUGCUCACCUCUGCGGUCUUCUUCCUUGCCGUCGAGAAAGCCGGCGGUUUCACGGCCCCAUUUGGUGUUGGUAUGGCAUUGUUCAUUUCCGCCAUCGCAAUUGGUCCGUUCACUGGUGCAAGUUUGAACCCGGCAAGAACCUUUGGACCCUCUAUAGUAUACAAUCAAUACGGAACAGGUUACUGGGUCUAUUAUGUUGGCACCAUACUUGGAGGAUUGUUAGCAGCCGGUUAUUGGAAAUUAUUCAAAAUCCUGGAUUACAAAAAAU